GAUCCAGCUGGCGAGACAAUUGAUGAAGCAAAUCAGGCCGCUCCUCCCGGCAGGAAAUGAUGUCCGUAUGCAACUUUUCAAGUCUCUCGUUGAGCUGAUCAAGCUCAUGGCCGGCGUGUCAACUUCGAUCCGCAUGGCCGGCAUCGACGGGACUAUCGUGCGUUUUGCACCACACGUUCCCAGAGGCACAGAACUCUGCGAGGAUCAAAAAGACGACUAUAUCUGCGUUAAUGCCCCUUACUGCCAGAUGACUCGACCGGCACGAGGUCCAAGAAGACUAGAAAUCAAAAUGACGUGCUGGGGCCGACUCGAGGCCGUCAAGCCUCGUGGACCCGAUCGUCUUGACAUGGAGACUUUCCAACGCAACAAGCAGAAAGUGCUGCCCGAAGGCACGGAAUUCAGGUGGGAAGACUACGAAGACCAAAUCUUCCCUGUCCUACCCGCCGAUCAACAGAAGACUCCUGAGCUUGCGGCCGCUGCCGCUGCUGCCACUCCUCAACCAGACGGAACAGAAUGGGGCCGCCAGCUCGCAGAAUGGACUGCAACGGGGGUCAAGAACCACAAGUACCCCAACAUUGAUACGGAUACAUACGGCAACGAGGCUCCCAAGCCCGAGCGCGGCUCCUUCGUAACGUACUACCCUCGUGUAGCACCACCAAACGUCUACUGCGCAUGGGCUCCAGCCAGGCGUCCAAGAAUACAAUUCCCAGAUCUGGGCAAUAACAACGACGCUACAGUCCAUGGGAGUCUAGCCGAAGCCGUCGACGCCGCCCGUCGGGCCCAAGGCCUGACCACCAUCAUCCAGGACUUUGGGGUUACCAGUAUCAACACGAUCAGGUACUACCGACCUCUCGAAUGGAUUGCCGCGCUGAGUCUCGGCGCUGGCGCCCUUGCGGCGGCUCAUCAUCACGGUCUCAUACCGACGUCGACAAACGAUAUAUCCGAAAUGGCCACCCAUUUCAAGGCCAGUCUGGGCCAGUCUGUGUCUGAGGCCCAGCGUCACGUCAAUGGUCUUGCUUCAUGGCUCAAGCACGCUCCAACCAAGGGCUUCAGGGCCGUAGAACAGCUCGCUGCAUCCGCUGCAUCGGCGUUGAUCCCGACAGCAGCCACCGCAAGUACAUUUACCUUGACUGCCACGGUGACAGACUGGACGACGACGACGGUACCCGGGCCGCUGUCCGCGACUCCCAUGAUCCUGGCAGAGCUCGUCGGGGCAGAUAAUAUCGACGGCGUGUACCCUAUGUACGCUGAGACUGUCUCACCUGAUGACCCAGACUACGACUGGGUUCAGGAGAACCUGGCCAGGGAUGCCGCUGUCGCACGGGCACGAGCGAUGCAGAUUGCAGUUUAGGCUAGUCGUAGAGCGUUGGCAUGUAGCGGGGAUAGUUGAUCAGUGGUGGGUCAUGUUUGAAUGCUUGAAGAUCAAUCUCAAU